GUGCUAUAUCCAAAACGUACAAAAUUUCGUAAAUAUCAAAAAGGCAGAUUUAAGGGUUGCAAAGCAGACGGUACACAACUUUGUUUCGGAAAAUAUGGCAUGAAAAGUUGUGAAGCUGGUCGUAUCUCAUAUCAAGCAAUUGAAGCGGCGCGUCGUGCUAUAAGCAGAGAAUUUCGAAGAAAUGGUCAAAUAUGGGUAAGAGUUUUCGCAGAUAUUCCUAUUACCAGUAAACCCACCGAAGUCAGAAUGGGAAAAGGAAAAGGGAAUUCUACAGGUUGGAUUGCUCGUGUGGUAGAGGGACAAAUCUUAUUUGAAAUGGAUGGUGUGAGUUUGUCAAAUGCGCAACAAGCUGCCACAUUAGCAGCGCAUAAACUAUGUUUGUCAACCAAGUUUGUUCAAUGGUUUUAA